GCGACAUACUCACCACUAUGCAGGAGACAGCUUUGAAAAUUUGGAGAGAUCCCAUAUAGACAGCCAUUCUCUGAUUCCAGAAACCUACUCCCACGUCCACACAGAGAGACUCGACCCAGUCACUAUGAGCAGCUCAUCAGCCUCAGCCAACUCAAACAUGAAAGUCACCGUCAACCCCAGUCGAGCCGCACAGCUCGUUGAGAACCUGUCUUCAGUCACCAAACGCAUCUCCAAGACCCUAGAAUCAUCCAAUUCCUCCUCCUCUACAUCAACCACAUCUCUAUCUCCACGCCUCGUUGCAGUCUCCAAACUGAAACCCGCAAGCGAUAUUCUUGCUCUCCACAACCCACCCACCUCCCAUCUCCAUUUCGGCGAGAAUUACGUACAAGAACUCCUGGAGAAGAGUCGCGUCCUUCCUCACACGGUCCGAUGGCAUUUCAUUGGAGGCCUGCAGAGUAACAAAGCCGCACAGCUCGCGCGAGAAGUCCAGAGUCUAUGGGCAGUAGAAAGCGUUGACAGUUUGAAGAAGGCUAGUCUCUUGGAAAAGGGGAGAAAAGAGCGAACCGAGAAAUUAAAAGAGACCGGCAAUCAAGAUCUAGCGGACGAACCGCUGCGUAUAUUUAUUCAGGUCAACACGUCAGGAGAAGACUCAAAAUCUGGCGUCAACCCCACAUCACCCGAACUGCUCGAAAUCGCUCGUCAUGUUCGUGAUGCAUGUCCUCAUCUACAGCUCCAAGGCUUGAUGACGAUCGGCGCCAUUGCGAGAUCUCAAGCCACGACGGAGGAGAAUGAAAAUGAAGACUUCAUCUCUCUACGGGAGAGUCGAGACUGGUUGGCCAAGGAAUUGCAAAUCGAAGCCAAUGAACUCGAUUUGAGCAUGGGGAUGAGUGAGGACUUUGAAGGCGCAGUGCGUCAAGGCAGCAGUGAGGUCCGAAUAGGAAGUACAAUCUUUGGCCAACGUCCAGCCAAGAAGGAUGCCAAAGUACUGGAACAAGCCGAGGAUGGGAGCGAAUGAAGUAAACUUCUGUCCCGGGAAUCCUUCUUGACUCGCAGUUGCGUCAAGAACCAACCGUCUGUCACCGUGGAAUCUCACUUUCCUGGCUAAAGGUAUGUUAUGUUCAUGACAAAGCUAAAAAGACAUUAUGUUCCAACGCCAGUCAUCCAUCCAGCCCUGCGGGACGGCGGUCAAAGAAAAUAUGUGCUACGUUAAGUUGGCUAAAUCCGAGAGAAAGCGAAGUCCCCAAACACUUUUGCCUGGCAGCACUUGGUACUGCAAUAUACGUACUCGUGUCGUAUCGAGGCUGUGGUUCACAUGCACCCCAUGAACCGGCGGCUCAAAGUGCUUCUGCCACACGGGGAUGUUGAGGACGCGACAUUCGCUUCACGUCGACUGUGGGCCAAGAGUCUCUGCGCAGGCCAGCCGUGUCCGGCGACUUACUAUACAUGAGAACUUGGGCUUUUUCGACCUCGCCGUCUGGUUCUUGAUCCCCAUCAAGAGGUCCGUUCUAUGAACCUUUGGCAAGCCGCUCCUGCAUCAUCGGCAGCAGGAUCCCUGGCACAGUCUCCUGAGUAGCACGGAUCGUCAAGCGAUACAUCUACCAUACCAAAUGUCAGCAAUCAAAGCCACACGAACUUGAAGAAUUUAAACAACCAGGGGCAUCAUUCGGGGCGCGGGGAAUGUAACGCUUACCUUCUGGGCCAUAUUUGGUUCCAACCUCAAUAAACAACCAGUCUUGCCCUUUUCAAGUUGCAAUACUGCACAACCCACAAUGUUCUUCGCAUUUGGGUCGACAUUUUCCAAAAUCUUCCAUCGGAACCCAGUAACAAUCUCUCGCAUGAAUUUCUCAUUGAUCUCUGCACUGGGCGAUCGGAGGCCAAACGUGCUUUGCGCUUCCAUGGCUCCAGCACCAAUCUGGCGCCACCGCUUGAAGAAAUCUUCGGCCGACAAGUCGGAUGGGUCCAUGAAACGAUGCUGUAGAAUGGGGAGUUUCAGGGUGUAAGCCUGCAAGGCACCGGCGAGGUAGGAGAUGCGGAUAGUGGGGGCAUCGGAAAAGGGGCCUAUCGAUGUACAAACAAUGGUCUGUUGUGUUUGCGAUUCAGGAUUGACAGAGGACUCGGGUAGAGACUUGGUGUCAAUUUUCAAGGCAGCUGAUGAUUUGUUGUCAAGAGUGGUGGUGAAGGAGCCAAUGGGAAAAGCGGCUUUGUUGGUGAAGUACAGUUUCACCACGCCGAGAUGGCCACGGUAUUCAGCCCGUAUUCCGACCUGGAUCUGAGGGUCCUCGAACAAGACCCCCUCGUUGGCAAAAUACAAUUGUUCAUACCCAAUAUCCCAGUCAGGAGAAAGAUGUGUAGCUGUGG